AUGGAUUCUACGGAGAAAAAUAUCGACAAAUACACAGCGGUAUUAGUUGCCCAAUACUUGAAAAAACAAGGUUAUAAUGAGACAUUGAAAUCCUUUUUAAGGGAAACAUCUAUUCCUGUAUCUGUCACGGCAAAUGAUGACAAUUCUAACUCUAAUACUCAUAUUGAUGAUCUGAAGUCUAUAAUAUCUGAUAGAAUAAGUUAUAAUGAUUACAUUCUUGAUUCUAAAUUGAAGGAUCUUACUUUGAAUGAACAGCUUCCACCAAUAGAUUAUGAUAGAUUUCACAUUAAGAGAUGGAAUUUUGAUAGUACGUUCGAUAAUUUUAAAUCUCAUACAUUAGAUGGAAUUCCCAUUAAGGUCAAUUUUUGUGAUAAUAAUUCAAAUGAUAUAAUCAUAUCUACAUCAUCAAGACAAUUGAAAAUAUUUGAUAAUAACUUGCAAAUUUUGUCAGAACUUACGGAUCAAAAUAUGAAAUCCAUAGGGGUAGUUAAAUUGACUGGAUCUAUUCCGGGUAGUAAUAUGUUAUAUGCAUGUUCAAUGUCUGGUAACAUAUACUUAUUUGAUAAGGAUUACAGACUUAUCCCUGGUUCUUCAUUUAAACCUCAUGGUAGAAUGAUCACUCAUAUUCAAUUUUUAAAAAUGAAUGACAACGAAUCGUGGUACGUCUUAACAGCUUCUAUGGAUAAUACUAUGCAUUUAAGUAUAUUGCGUAUAAAAGAUGAAAUGCCUACUUUAACAAUUACAUCAACAGUAAAAUUAUUAUCUGCAUGUACUACCCUAAAUAUGGCUAAGACAACACUUAAUAUUGAUAAUAAAGCAGUUACAAAGCCUGUUAUCUUUCUAACUAGAAUGGAUUUUACUCAUAUUGUAUGUUAUACUUUAGAUAAUUCAAAUAUUUUACAAAAUUGCUUCAAUAUUGCGUUAAAUAAUGCACAAUUUAGUACACACUCGUUUACUAUAAGAGAUAUGGUAUUAAUUAACGGAAAUUCUGACGCAGCUAUUGAUGGCUCAACUAUAAUUAACUCUGGAACACUAAUAGGUGUAGCAACGUCACAUAUCCCAUUCCUCAGACUCAUCUUACUGGAGUUCCCUAAAAUGGAGAAAUAUUUCAGGGAAAUAAACGAUAUCGAAAAAGAGAACUCUGGCAUUACCACUCACUAUGAUAAAGUAUUAAGAAACAUAGCCACCCAGAUCCCACAGGAUUCUUAUUCGCAACCUAUAAUGAGAUAUAUGUCAAAUUCUAACGGUAUGAUCAUUGGAAGUGACAGUGGUGUGUAUGCCAUUGAUUUAUUUAACGGAGAGUCAUGGCCCCUCGAUAUGCAUUGUGAUAUAAAUAAACAAAGAAUUACAUCUAUGAAUGUUGAUUCUUCAAACUCAACAUUAUUAAUUGGUACAGCAUCAAAAUCAUUUCAUUUGUAUAAAUUGACAUAA